AUGCCAGCAGAUUGCCACGUCCUACGCCAGAGCCUCACCUUCCAGCAGCAGCUUCAAGUUGCCGCUUUCUAUCGCAAGAACAAGGAAACUCUCCCAAUGGGCAAGAUUGUCUAUUCCCUUUGUAAUCAGGGCUUCUCAACAAUUUGCCGCCAGACCAUUCUCCGUCAUGUAUCUAACAAAGACACCACUUGCCAGUACAUUUGCAAAGAUAUUUGCAAUAGUACCUUGAGCCAAUAUCAAUCUGGUGUCUUGCCUGCACUUGAGCUCAAGCUCUAUGAAUUCAGGAUCAAGCAGUACACCUUCCAUGGUGAGGCUGCAUCGGCACCAAUUGCAGAGCUCAAGAAUCACAAAUGCACAAUCCAAGAGGUGCUUUCUCAAUACCCUGAGGACAGCGUCUUCAAUGUUGAUGAGACAGCGCACCUACCUUCACAGAGUCCCAAGUCUGGCCUUGCUUCUCAAGCCUUACCUGGGGUCAAGGCAGACAAGACACGGCUAACAUAUGUACUUGGGACUAGUGCUACAUGUCCUAGACGUCUAUAA